AUGCAAGCUGGUCCAUACAAGAAGGUGAGAUUGCUUCAAGUCGAGCUACUCAAAGCAUUGCAAAGCUACCGUGUCCUAUGGACGGGCCUUGGGGCACAGCUCUCUCGUGAUGUGCCUUUCUCUGCUAUUUGUUGGUCGACCCUUGAACGGAUGAGAAGACGACUUCUUGGUCUGGUGGGUGAGGAAGCCAAUGCAGCCAGUGUGCUUGGUGCAAAUUUCUCUGCUGGUUUUGUUGCAGGGAGCCUUGCUGCUGCUGCUACAUGUCCACUUGAUGUUGCGAAAACCAGAAGGCAAAUUGAGGUUUAUUCUCAGGGCUAG